AGAAGAUUCCCACAGCAAGACUUUGAGCUAGUUAUCCUUGUUGCCGUUAAUCUCUCCGUGAUGGAGACCAACAAGGAUGAAGCAGAGAAUUCAAUGGCAGUGGCCGCUGCUAAGGCCGCGUUCAAGCUCAUCACUAACGCUUGGAACUACUUGUCAAAUUAUGUUCCGAGCGAUGCUUCAGGUUCCAAUCACAGUGGUGCUCAGGGUUCUGAUUCAGGUUCUGGUUCUGGCUCUGGCUUUUAUACCUCUUCGGACAAAUCUAUUAAGCACAAUUCUUAUAAUAGCCACAAUAGCAGUCAUAGUAGUACUAACUUUGGUUCUGGUACUUCUUCGAAUCGAUCCGAGGGACAAACUUCUAGUGGUAAUCAAAAUGGCAAUCACAGUGGCGCCCGGGAUUCUGGUUCUAGUUCAGGUUUUGGAUCUUGUUCUUACGCUUCUUCGGACAAAUCUAACAAGCACCAUUCAUAUGAUAACCGCGGUAGCAAUCAAAACAGCCAACAAAGUCCUUAUGAUACUGGUUCCGGUUUUCAUACUUAUUCGGGGAAAUAUGAUAACAAAAGUUCUUAUGACAGUAGAAAUCAGAGGGGUUUUGGUUCUAGGACGGAUUCUACACGAUCUUUUACUGCUGUCUUUGGUUCCGCAAUCAAGAUUAAGAUACACUUGAAGAAGCAGGAAACGGAGCUUGUGACAAAAAUGUUCUCGUGGUCGCUCGAAGAUGUCUUUAAUGAACAUCUGUUUAAGGAGAAGGUGAAAAAUAUUCCAGAAACAUUUUCGUCUUUGGAGCAAUACUUAAGUUCCUAUACAUAUCCACUGCUUGAAGAAACGCGUGCCGACCUAUGUUCAUCUCUGGAAGUCUCAUCUCAAGCUCCUUUUAUCAGAAUACAUUCUCUUCAAAAGGUUACGUCACUUGAAAUGACAUACUUUAUUGAGCUUGGAAACGGAGAAAACUCAGUUGGAAAGGAAUCAUACACUCCAAUGGUAGCUGAUAUAUUUGUGUUAUCUGAACUGAGACCGAGACGUGUAUCUGAUCUUACUAGAGAUGGGAGACCGUAUACACUUGCUUUGGUUGUCAAAGGUGGAGGUAGUGAAGGACCAACAGCGAAAAUGUUCGUUAUCAAAACAUCGCAGGAAGUUCCAGUUUCUAGUAGAGAGGACGAGCCAAGAAAGUCUCUAUUUGCAAUUUACUUGUCAUCCGUGAACUCGUACAAUCGUAUUUGGAAAUCGCUGGAUUUCUAUACGGUACGGAAUAAAAAUGCUAGUAUUAUCAAAAUGAUCUGGGAGUAUAACCCUUUGGAUGCAGAUGAAUGUUCAUCAUCAUCAGGUGCUGCUUUUAGUGAAUUAAAUGUAACACUUGGUUUAGACAGGUUCAAGCUCAAUGAUUCACAACUGAAUGCUGUAUUGGAUUGUCUCUCUGAAAGUGAUCAACAUGGGAAAAAGUCUAUUAAACUUAUAUGGGGCCCUCCUGGAACUGGUAAAACCAAAACUAUCAGUUCUCUGUUAUGGGCUUUCCUAACAAAGAAAUGCAGAACUCUUUCAUGUGCACCAACAAAUACUGCUGUUAAGGAGAUAGCUUCGAGACUACUUAGAUUAGUGAAAGAAUCAUCAAGUAGCAAGAAUUGCUCUUUGGGGGAUAUUGUUUUAUUUGGAAACGAGAGCCGGAUGAAGAUCAAUGAUGAUCUCAGUGAAAUAUUUCUAGAUGAUCGUGUUACCAGACUUUCAAAGUGUUUUUCACGUUCAACUGGCUGGAGCUAUUGCCUGAUCUCGAUGAUGAAUUUUCUUGAGAGUGCUAUUUCUCACUAUGAAAUGUAUUUGGAAGAAGUAGACAAGCAAGAGAAGGAGAAGAAAGAAAAUGAGAAGAAAGCGAAAGGGAAGAAAGAAAAGGAGAAGAAAGAAAAGGAAUCUAUAGUAAGAUUGACGCUUAAGGAGUUCAUACUAAAGCGGUUCUCUACUCUUGCGCAAGACUUGAGUUUUUGCAUGAGAACACUGUCUAUAGAUCUACCGAGAUCUUCUACCUCCGAGAAAAACUUCAGUGACAUGAAUCUUCUACUUGAGGGUAUUGAUAUCACUGGGACCUUGUUGAGAUCAACAGAUAUUACAGACAAAAUGCUUGAUGAAGUUUUUAAAAUGUCAAUAGAAGAAGAGGAUUGCAACAUAUAUGAGUUGCAUCACAUAAAAGAGGGUACAGCUACAAAAACUAAGUUAAGGAGAACCAGAAGUAUAUGCAUUCAGAUUCUAAGGACCCUUAAUAGUAAUCUUCAUCUCCCCAAUACAUUUGUCAGACAAUCGAUUCAAAAUUUCUGUUUGAGGGGGGCAAUCAUUAUUUUCUGCACAUCUUCUAGUUCAUUUCGAUUACAUGAUGUGAAGAUGGAAAAACCUUUGGAAUGUUUGGUAGUUGAUGAGGCUGCACAGUUAAAGGAAUGUGAGUGUUUAAUCCCCUUACAGCUCUCUCGGAUUCAACAUGCCAUUUUCAUCGGCGAUGAGUACCAACUUCCGGCGAUGGUUAAAAGUCAGGCUUCUCAAAAUGCUGCCUUUGGAAGAAGUCUCUUUGAGAGACUGAGCUCACUUGGGCACAAGAAACACCUCCUUGAUGUUCAAUACAGGAUGCAUCCUUCUAUCAGUAGAUUUCCCAGCUCAAAUUUCUACAAUGAUAAAAUCUCAGAUGGUCCUAACGUUAUAUGUGAUAGCUAUCGGCAGUGUUAUUUACCUGGACCAAUGUAUGGUCCCUAUUCUUUUAUAAACAUUGCCAUAGGAAAGGAAGAAACUGAUACUAAUGGGCGUAGUCUCAAGAAUAUGAUCGAGGUUGCUGUAGUCAUGCAAAUUCUCAAGAACCUAUAUAAAUCAACUUUCACCAGGGGAAAAAAACUUAGCAUCGGCAUCAUAUCACCAUACACAGCUCAAAUAUGUGCAAUUCAAGAGAAGCUUAAGAACAUGUAUUUUCCGUCUAGUGAAAUCUCUGUGAAAGUUCAGUCUAUUGAUGGAUUUCAAGGUGGAGAAGAGGAUAUUAUAAUUAUUUCUACAGUGAGAUACAACAAAGGUGGAUGCGUGGGCUUCCUUUCUAACCUCCAAAGAACAAAUGUGGCUUUGACAAGGGCAAAACAUUGCUUGUGGGUUUUAGGCAACGAGACGACCUUGAUUAGAAGCGGAUCAGUUUGGGGAAAAAUAAUACGAGAUGCAAAGAGUAGGGGUUGUUAUUAUAAUGCCAGAGACGACAAGAGCCUGGAUAAGGCCAUCAUCGAGGCUGCUGUUGAUCUUGAUGAACUGGAGGAUUUGCUGAAUAUGGGUAAAGCAAGUUGGAAGAAAUCUGAUAGAUCAUCAAGCUCAAAUUCACAGUCUGGUUUCGGCAGAGGAAGGAAUAACUACAGAAAUGGGUUUCAGAGACGGUGAUCCUUUUAGGUUGAAACUGUUGUUUGUUUCAAACAAGCAUUAAGUUUUUGAUAAGGCCAAUUCAAGGAUACUGAGGAGAUAUAUAUUUUCAAACAAGCUGGUUUUUGUAUUUAAAACCAAUCAAAAGAAAGAGCUUGGGUAAGCUUGGGUAUGUGAACCUCUAUGAUGUACAUUCUCUC